GAGAUAGUAGGCCCAAUACUGCAAUCUUCUAAGGUGCCCGGAUUCCGAGUCUCGGCUUUCUUAGGACCAGAGUUUACACUCACAAGAUACAUCCAGCCGAUAUCAGUAUCAGAUGGGGCCAAGCCAGCUUGUGUUAAUUUGUCAUCCGAUAGCGAUAACUCCCCCGCCAUUAUAUCAAAUGAAGACAAUCACCAAAACAAGUCGUCUGCAGGUGUCUCCUCUUUUCAGAUAGUUGAAUCCUUGGAGCCAGAAGAUGCCUAUAAUGCAAUCGAUCCUACUCCCACGUCUACAGCCUCUACUAAUCUUCAUUUGAAUGAAACGAGGACAUGCACUGUUAUAGAUAGCAAGGCUACAAAGGCGAUCGUAUCGGCUAAAAAGUUUCCAAAGGAUGGAGAAGAAGAGCGUGAGGAGAUGGCCAUCCGAUACAGAGAACUUCAAAAAUGGGUGGAUAAUCUGUCCUUCAAUCUACUCAGUGCUCGCCGCGAGGCGGAUGAAGAGCGAGCGCGCAGGCUGACUUUGGAAGCUGAAUUGCUUGCAGCUCGAACUCAUACCCCUCUCCCUCCUCUUCGGGUGACACGUAAUGGUUCCGAUAAACUCUAUUUUCCUGACUAUGCAGCUAACGAAGAAGUGAUAUCGGCUAUUUUUCCUCCAUCCCCUAGUCCACAAGUGCCAUUUUCUCCUUUCCUUGCCAUCAACGAAUCCAAGUUAACACGGUUGAUCAACUCUAACUCUUUAUCUGAUAAAUCGUUUGUUCUUUCUUCUUCCUCUGAUUCCUACUCUACUCUUUAUUCACUUUCUCCCGAACCGCUUACUCUACCAAAGCCUUAUUCCUGCUCUUUCCUACAUCAAAAUGACGCCGACUCGGGCACUAUGUUGGAUCGAAGUCCUGUUCAGGAGGUGGAUCAAUUAUCAUCAGACCCUUUAGACUUAGGUUAG